AUGUUUUUAUUAGAAUUUCUUAUUACAGCUGCAAAUAAUGAAGAUGAACACAUAACCGACUUAAACAACCAUCUUAAAAUCAAAAUAGACUACUACAAGAGACACAGAAGCAAUCCAGAAAAUCAGACAGGAAACAAAGACUGGUAUUUUUACUACAUAAUAAACACGAGAAUGAAUAAAAUCGAUAGUUUGUUGUCAAAUGAGGAUGUGGAAGUAAACAGAUUUCACAUUGAUCAAUUUGCAAUAAAUCUGGAGCUAUUGAGACGCUUCAAACAUUAUAUUGAGGAAAUAAAAGAUGAUCAGAAAAGGGAGAAAUUGAAAAACAAAUAUGCAGAAUACGAGAAUAAAAUCAACGAAUUGGCGAAUAAAAUAGGUACAGUUUGCGAGAUGGUUGAAAUUGAAUAA